AUGACGUUAAAUGUGCAUUACAAAGGACGUAUUCACCCUGUGCUUGUUUCUAAUGAGACUUUACCAACGAUUGAUGAAUUGCAACGAGCAAUUGAACUUGAAUUGGGUGUAUACACCGAUGCACAGCGAUUGUUUCAAAAACAUCGACGUGUUAAUUGCAGUGACGUCUCAAGAUUAUUAAGUGAUGUGUGCGACUGCACUGCGACUUUAUUUUUAAUCUCUGGUGCUUCCAAAGCGCAGAUUGAAGAAAUGAAUGCCACACAAGAUGCGGUGCAACGAGAAUUGUCGAUUCGUGAGAAUCGACGUGUAAUGGAUAUCUCCAAGCGGAAUCAAGGACUUCAAGCACGAGAUGCAAUAUCGAUGAGAUAUCGGUUUCAUGCUAUUGAGCCGUUGAGGAAUUUUCAGGAUAAGGAGAAAGCACAGGAGAUUUUGGAGAAAUUGGCCAAUGAUCGAGGAAUUCUGGCUGUUUUGGCAAAACACAAAUGGAGUGUUGGCGUCUUGGCGGAGAUGUCGCCUGAUGGGAAAGUAGGAGUGGACCCCGUUUGUGUGCUUGGGUUGAAUCAGAACAAGGGACAAAAAAUCUUGCUGCGAUUGCGCACAGAUGAUUUACUAGGGUUUCGUAAGUACUUGAGUAUCAAGAAAGUUUUGUUCCACGAGCUCUCGCACAAUGUGCAUUCGGAGCACGACCAUAAAUUCUAUCAGCUUAUGCGGCAAGUUGAAAAGGAGUGCAACGAGUUGGACUGGACGAUUUCUGGUGGUGCUGCUGUAGGCGGCUCUCGAAUGAUUCUUUCCGACGAAGAUAAGUCCAUAGAUAGUUCUUCAAGUGGACGUCGAUUGGGUGGUGAGUCUGCAGGAGCUAGUCGGUUACUGCACACCUCAGCAACUGUCCAGGAAGAGCUAGUGUCUACCUCAAAGCCGAAAGUACCUCUUACAGAGCAAAAUCAGUUGACUGGCGAUGUCAAAAUUGGAGACACCGAAUCAACAAUAGUUGAUGCUGUUUCGUUGCAGCAAACUCAUACCACGCCGACGGUUGCAGUGCAUGAAAAGACUAUCGAUGAAGAAGUUGCAACGCUAGCCAUGAGCGAUCGCGAAAGACGCAUUUACGACGCAGUGCGGCAUCUUCAAGCUCACCACAGUGCUGAGACCAUUUCGAACUCGAUCUCUUGGCUUUACAAGAUCGUGACCAACAUUAUCGCUCACCCGUUAGACGUCAAGUUUCGUUCAAUUCGAAAGGCGAAUCAGCUUUUCAACGGACAUAUUGCAAGGUUUCCCGAGUGUCUCGAAUUCUUACGAGCUCUAGGUUUUGAAGACCAAUCGGAUAAGUUUGUGCUAGUGCGUGAAGACCCUGCAUUGCUCUGGAUCGGACGUUCCACGCUAGAAAAAUUGCUAUCUGCAGCAUAA